UCCAUAUUUAUGAAACUGAAUAUGUUACAGCUUAUAAAACUGUUAAUAAUAUUAGGUACCAUAUCUUUUAAAAGUGGGUUUUAUGUCUAUGCACGAGGAGAGAAUUAUGAAACAAAAUUCUUCUAUUGCAACGAUACAAAAAGAAUUAAAUACGAGUGCUUUUGUGAUGGUGAUGCAGACUGCAAAGGAGGUGAAGACGAACCAGGAUUAGCCCUGGGAGAAUUUCAUCCAUUGGGGAAAUUGCACAAUUGCACAAAUUCUGAAAAUUCACACGAUGGUUUUUGCGUUGUAUCGCGUGAUCAAAUAUGUGAUGGAAUUGUAUCUUGUUCAAACUUAUCUCCUUGUGAUCUGAAAUGUAAAUCUCAUUAUAAAUGCACGGAUGAUUCUUGUUAUCUUCGGACGUCAGUUUGCGAUAGUAAUCCUUGUACAGCCUGCCCUGAAGAUCACGAGUGGAGUAAUGGGAUCGGAUUCAAAUGCGUUAAAAACGGGGCAACUUGUAUUUUGCCUCAGCAAUUACUUCAUGACGAUGUAGAAGAUUGUGAUGGUGGUGUGGAUAUAUGUUUUAAAAACGUGACGGCCAUGUCGAGAAACGAGAGACAGCCAACAGAAUAUCUCAUUCGAGAUAAAUGUUUUCAAUGUAUGGAUAAAUCGAUGAUUGUUCGUUCGUCUGCAAUAUGUGAUCACAUAAUUGACUGUCCAGAUUUAUCAGAUGAAUGUUUUUGCGAAAAGAACAAACCAGCCAUCUGUGAUCAAAUUAUAACUCAAAACAAUUAUAAGAGCUUUGGAUUGUCGUUGGAAAAUUUGCUUCUGCCGGUUGAUACAACCACCAAUGCAACUCAUUGUCAGAUAGGUGAUGUCAGGUGCAAAAAUGAUAAAUGUAUUUCACGACAUAGAAUUUGUGACGGUGUAAAGGAUUGCGAUGAGGACGAGAGUGAAGGUUUAUGUGAUGGAACACUAGCUUGCAAAGACGCAGAAAAUCAAGAAAAAUGCAGAUGCGUCGUCGAUCACGACGUAUCUUGUCGUCGGUAUUACGGUGUAUCGUGUAACGGUUUGGCUGAAUGUCCACCAAGACAAGACCCAGGGUAUGUUAUCAAUACAUUGUGGGAAUAUCCUGAAGAUGAAUGUAUUGCAUCGUGCAGUGAAAAGUCUUCAAAUUUUACUUGCGUUGAAAGUGCAUCAAAAACAUUGAAGCAGUCGUUGUAUGGAACGUGGUGCGAAAAGCCGGACGAUGGUUCUGUGUUACCGGAUGCCUACACAGAAGACAUUGAUGGAGAGAAAUAUUGCGAUGGUGUUAUAGAUUGUGAAUUGAUGGGAGAUGACGAAAGCCAUUGCAUCGAUGAGUUUUACAGAUUUUACUGUAAUUCAACAAGACCUGGAUAUGUAAGCAUAUCCGAAGAUAAAGUUUGUGAUGGUAUAUUAGAUUGCACAGAUGGAAAAGACGAAAUUGCAGACGUUUGCAAAGAUUCUGGAAGAUCAAACAGAUUCCGUUGCUCUGUACGAGGGGGAUUAAUGAUCAGUAUUGACAGCAGGAAUUUAUGUGAUUUCUCAAAAAAUUGUGACGAUGAAACAGAUGAAAUGAACUGCACUGAUGACAGAUUUUAUUGUGAAAAUGGACAACCGCUUUACGUGAUGAAUUCCCAGAAACGCGACGGAAUCGGUGACUGCUCAGACUGGAGUGAUGAAUGUCCAACCAUCAAUAAGUCAACUUCUAUUGAUGCAUUUUCAUCAAGAUAUGAGUUGAUUGAGAGCUCUGUACUGCGGACAAUAAUAUGGAUUAUGGCGCUUUUGGCAAUAAUAGGCAAUGCCGCCGUCAUAAUACGAGAAAUUAUUAAACUUCGUCAAAAGACGAAAAUAACACCAGCAAUGAGAGCCAACAGAUUAUUAAUAUUAAAUCUGGCGUUAGCUGAUUUUUUGAUGGGAAUAUAUUUGAUUUCUCUUUGUGUCAUGGCCUUAAAAAUGCAGGGUGAUUACUGCAGUCGAGACCUGGCGUGGCGUUCUAGUAAGACGUGCAUUGGACUUGGCGUAUUAUCUGUCGCUGCGAGUGAAACAUCCGUGAUAACAAUGAUUUUAUUGACCGGAUGUAGACUUUAUGCAAUCUCUAAUCCUUUCCAGUCAUCAAGGAAACCCUCACCACGCCAUUUGCUCAUAUUUAUCCUGGGCUCAUGGAUGACGUCACUGAUUCUCGGAUUAUUACCUCUAACGCCAGGAUUAUCUAGAAUAUUUGUAAGCGGCGUAAAGUUCAAAAACAAUCCAUUUGCUACUGCAAUUUCAACUCCUUUAGCAACAACCAAACAGAUGUUUAGCCAAAUGGUAUUGACAAAAUCAGAAAAUAUUUCUCAAGCUAACGUCGCAGAGUUGAAUACAUUCCUAGAACAAGCAUCAUGGGACGAUUUAAAGAAUGAUGCUACAAAAUACUUUGAUUUUAAUUAUUUUGAUCCCGAGAUUUAUUGGGGGUAUUACAGUACAGCAAGUGUUUGUAUCCCGAAAUUUUUCAUAACAAGAUCAGAUCCUGCGUGGGUGUUUUCAUUCAUUCUUACCCUGUUUAAUUUUGUGGCUUUCACUUUUGUUGUGGUUGCCUAUAUUAGUAUAUAUUUCAAGUCAAGAAAAGACGUCAACGUACGAGGUCCGCAGAAAAAUGAUGAGAAAAAUAUGAAAUGGAGAAGAAUAAGUUCUCGACGUAGCCAAACUAAAACGCAUGAUGAGGUUCAUCAUAAAAGGGGUUUAGCAAUGCAAAGAAAAAUACUUCGUCUCAUCAUCACUGAUUUCUGUUGUUGGGUCCCAAUUUGCAUAAUGUCCUUCUGCAAGCUGGCUGGAGUGAAUAUUCAAGAUACAGCAUACGCUGUGGCAGCAAUCGUUCUUUUGCCCAUAAACAGUGCUCUCAAUCCUAUUCUGUAUUCGGACAUGGUUGACGCGGUUUACAAAAAGAUUCGGAGAACAAAAGAUAGUCAAUGUUCUUCACAGAGAACGUCAAGAGGUUCUUCCAAAUCAACACAUUUUACUAAAAUUGAAAUGCACGACAAGAUAACGGUAGCAGAAGACCAAGCUUCUCCGGCUGGAUCCGUUCUUUGAGUAACUGGAAAUUGAAGCAUUUUUACGUGCAUCAUUGUUAAAUAUUAGUUGACCUUUGAAUGUGAUUGGUUCACAAGAAAUUAUUCCAGAAACCUGAAAAUACUAACCAGCAAUUCAAAACCUACUCAGUGUUAUGGAACUUAGUGAUAAUUUUCUUGAAAGUUGACUCCUUUCAAUAAGACCAGCUUGGAUUGCCAUCUUUGAGCCCAUUUUUGAGGGUGGGCUCUUCUGAUUUGGGUUGUCAAGAACAAAGAGUACUAAGCGUUCCAUCAAACUUGAUCAGAAGAAAACUUGAAAUUUUGUAGGUAAAUAAUAGGGUCAUUUGAGUUAAAGCAACUUUGUGCUCUUUCGUAGCCUUAUUUAUGAAAUCGUUCUUGAAAUCUCGUUUUAUGCAAGUUCAAGCACAGUGAAGAGGAGUUUCAUUUUGCGUCCAUGCCCAGCUCAUCAGUUGUUUUUCAGAUAUAUAUAUAUUUAUAUACUUUGUAAAUUUCAACAUACAAAUCUGGUAUGUGGGCAAGCAACGAAAAACAAAAGUGCAAUCAUGCAUUUAUGUUUGACUAAGCCUAACUAAUGGCAAAAUAACUUGGGCUUCUUUGUGUUUGUGUUAAUGAAAAUCAGUACGUCGUUUAUUUUGCGUGAAAUUUAUUCAAUUCAAUUGGCAAUGAGUAGUCCCCGGAUAUGUUAUGUAAUACAUAAAAUGCUUCUGUUCUUGUCUUCAUUUUUAUACAGUUUUUUGUUUGUAUCAAUCAGUUGCCAUUCGAAAGAUAUUCUUCAUGCAUCAAAUUUUAUUGUUAUCCAUUGGUUUUGCACAGGUGUAUAAUAAAUCCAAAGUCAUA